UUCUUAGCAACAAUAUUUUUACAUUUUUCCACUUACGUUAGAAUCUAUUCUGUAAUCUGUCCUACUUUUGUUCAAAAUCUUAAAAUGAGUCAACAAAUUAAAGUUAAAUCGCAGAAAGAAAAUAAUAAACCACAUGCGGGUAAAAAUCAAAUUCUAAAAGAAAUCAACAGGAUUGCUAGCAAACAGGUGGCUGCUUACGGGAAUUACCCUCAAAAGGUUUUCGUCAGGAAAAGUCUUCCAGAUGUUAAACAAGAGAUUAAAAGAACCUCUUCCAGUAAAGCUUUUAGGAGUCAAGCAUCUCAGACCACCAUUGCAGGUCCGAACGACUACGAAGGAAUCAUUCGCUAUCCAAGUAAUCGAAUAGUGAACGCAAAACCUAAAAGAGAGGUUGGACUUCAAGUGUCCAACGCACAAACCUCUCCUAGAGGUGAUGACAUCAACAGCAUCGUGGCGCUUGCGUCAAACUGUCGUGCUCCAGUAGACCACGUCAAACUGAACCAGACGCCCAUCAUUAAGGCAAGGCUGACUCCAGCGAAGAAACUGGCCAAACUAGACCCGACAAGAGCCCCACCCUCGUACCAGAGGGGCGUACUACCCAAGUACCUGCGGAAGAUGAGGGAAGAGGACUCGGAUAAGCCGAAGGUAGGAGAAGAGGAGAAACCAAAGGUGAAGAGAAACUCAGAUACAGUUGGUUUCUCCGUUAAGGAUACGGAUGAAGAAGAAAGAUUGCAGAAGACAAAACAGAUUUCCCAGUGGCACGAGAGUUAUAAGAGUAUGGUAUCUGAGUUGACAAUGUUGUCUGCCUUGUGAAUUGUUAGAAUAUAAAUUUGAAUACUCA